AUGGUUGCAUUUCUUAAUCCGAAUCAGGGUAGUGAACUAGCUGUUCCUUCAAGAUUUGAGGAUUUCCCGUCAUCCCCAACAUGCCCUUUGUCUCCUAACAAUUCUUUGCAAGACAGAGAGAACAAAAACAACUGUAUGGUUUUGAGUUCCUAUUGUAUCACUAGAUAUACAAAGCAGGAUAAAGAAUUGGACGAACUCAGUGCCAGUGUCCAAAGAAUUGGAGGUGUUGGGCUCACUAUACAUGAUGAACUGACUGCACAGUUAGAUGACAGCCUCCAAAAUAGUCUUCUUUAUGUAAUGGCAGAGUCUUAUGGAGGAAAAUAUGCAAUACGGGCAGCAAAAUUAAGGCUCAAGUUUGUAGGUUCAGUGCCGUCGGAGAAGGACGUGAUUGUGGUGGUGGAAGUUCAAAGCAGGAUUUGA